AUGGAGUUGCCAGACUAUCCUAUUUAUUGUCAUUGGGGAGGGGAAAUUUUGCAAAGUAGCGGUGAUGUUACAUAUAAAGGAGGAGAGCGAAAAUUUGGGUUUGUCAAUUGUCAAAUGAGUUAUGAUGAGGUUUUGAGUAAGGUUUAUGAUCUUAUGAGAUGUGACUCGAGAUAUGUGGAGUUGAAGCUACUAAUGAGGUAUCCAAUGAUGUCUGGUUCAUAUGAAGCCAUUCCGUUGGAUGAUGACAAUUCUUUAAAAGCAAUGUUGAUUGCUAUGUCUCAAACACAAUCAACCACAAUGCAAUUGUUCAUCGAGCAACUUCCAAAGCAACCUGAAACUCAAUCCCACUUGGAAUCCUUUCAUGAAAUGGAUUCAUGGGCUAUUGCAAGCAUUUUUGGUGAUUGGGAGCAAUCUUACGAAGAGUUGCCUAGGUACAUGCAAGCAUUGAAAGAAUCUAAUCCAGGAACCGUCGUGGAAUGGUGUACCUUGGCUUCUAAUGAAGAUCCUUCUGUUCACAUUUUUUUUAGAGUGUUUUGGGCAUUCAAGCCUUCCAUCGAUGGUUUUAAGCACUGUCGACCCCUAAUCACCAUAGAUGGAACUCAUUUGUAUGGUAAGUACAAGGGCACGUUACUCAUAGCCAUGGGUACAGAUGCGAAUUCUCAAUUGUUCCCUCUUGCUUUUGCUAUUGUUGAAAGUGAAAAUGGUGAGAGUUGGAAAUGGUUCAUGAAAUGCAUUCGGCAUUUAGUUACUCAGAGGGAAGGUUUAUGUGUCAUUUCUGAUAGACAUGCAGGGAUUUUGCAAACAAUGAAUGAGGUCAAUAGUGGGUGGGAGGAGCCGCGUGCCCACCAUCGAUUUUGUACUCGUCACCUUGCCUCUAAUGUCAACACUCAGUUCAAGAAUGCUUAUGUGAAGAACCUUUUCGGAAAAGCCGCAGAUGCUCGUCAAAGAAAGAAGUUUGAUUACUACUUGGGAAGAAUUGGUGAAUUGAAUGUUGAAGCUCAUAAGUAUUUGAUGGAUAUUUCUUCUCAUCGGUGGUCGAUCCACCAUGAUGGUGGUUUUAGAUAUGGCGUGAAAACCACAAACAUGUCCGAAGCUUUUAAUGGGGUGAUGAAAGGUGCUCGUUGUUUGCCGAUAACCGCCCUUGUUCGGAUGACGUUUUACCGAGUGAACUCCUACUUUGUUACAAGACGAGGUUGGGGUAAAAGGAGAAUUGAAGAAGGCCACGAUUUCGUUGAGAAGGCCACAACAACAAUUGAAAUGAACAUGGCAAAAUCUGGUGCUCACGAGGUCCAAGCCUUUGAUCAUGAGAUGGGGCUAUUUGAGGUUACAACUGGACGAGGAGGCAGGGCUUCAGGUAAAGGUGGUAACGUACACACUGUUAACCUUGUAGCCAAAACUUGCACUUGUGAGAAAUUAAAAAUCUACAAGUUGCCAUGCUCCCAUGUGCUUGCGGUUUGUCGUUCUCGCAGCUUAUCUUAUGCUGCUUUCGUUGAUCCUUUCUUUACCACUGUCGAGUAUAGGCAAACAUACUUGAAGAGCUUUCAUCCACUUCCUGAUGUUCCCUAUUGGCCUCAUUAUACUGGGGUGAGAAUAGUUGCUGAUGCUAGUAAACGGCGUGGUGUGGGACGCCCAAAGUCGUCUCGAUACCCUAAUGAGAUGGAUUCGAGUGCUCGACGCAGUGUCAAUGUAAAAUCAUGUAGCAUUUGUCGACGUCAAGGGCAUAAUAAGAAAACUUGUGCAGCUAGGGGUGGUGUUGGAUCAUCGGGGUAA